AUGCCCCGCUACCAGGAUAUGAUGUUUCGACGGAGUUUGGGCCAUUCCUGCAAACAGCCAAACCUCUGGAAGAAGCAGGGAAGCUACCAUCUCCCUUUUCCCAGAGCAAUGCAGGAUCAGCGUGGUCCCCAGGUUCCCCGGGGGGAAGCGGGGUUACCUAGACACCUCUCCUUCAGCUGCACUGUCCUCAGAGUCCUAGGAGUUGUCGAGGCUAGCCCUGGGUUCCCGCCAGUCAUCCCUGCCCCCAUGGUCCUCACUGUGCAUUUGUCCUCAGAUGUCUCAUCUCCUCCACCGCCUCUGGGGUCUGAACAGUCCACAGCACUCCUGGUCUCAGGGUCCUCUGUCACCCUAACUGACCGUUUAGGAACUAUAAGGCCCGAGCAGGACCCCGCCCAGCCACCAGGAAGUCCCCUCCAGCUGGGAGGGCUGUCAGUGGGCUGACUGCAACCGAGUCCACGCAGGGGGCCAGGCCAGGCCGGCAAGGAGGUCCUGCCUUUGACAAGGCCCUCGCUGACCACCCUGGCUGAAGAGGCAUUGGGUUCCCUGUCCCCUAAAGAGCCCCAGGAAACACUCUUCACAAUGGGGGCUGCGGGGCCACCCCAGAGGGGUCCUGGCCUUCCUGGGAAGGGGGCCGCAGGGGCCCUGGACCCAUCAUCCUCAGAAACAACUCAGGACAUGGAGGGGCCGGGACUUGCUCUCCUGCUGGGGAAGCUUGUCAUAGUCACUACCCCAUGGCAAAUACCUCCAAGGGGUGGUGGCAGCAUCCAGACCCGUACCUGUCUGAGGGCCUUGGGACUCGAGCCCGUGGGGAGAAACAGAGUGGGACCAGCACCUCCUCUGCCAGCUCUUACUGCUGAGCAGCUGCUGGCAGAAGGCAGUUGCCUGACAGCCCUUCUGGAGAGCCCUCUGGCCUCCACCUCCAGGAAGCCUGCCGCCUGACCUGUGGGAGGGUCAGCUAGAGUCCGAGGCCCAGAGUCAGCCCCGAGCUGACCAUGGGAACAGGAUGAGCAGGGGACUGCCUAUGCAUCCAGCAAAUGCUGACCCCGUGGGCUCCCGUGGACAUUUCCUCGCCUGGCCUGGCCAGGGGACAUCCCCACAGGAGCAGCUGACAGAGUCCACGUUAGCCACCACCCCUGAAAGUCCCCGGCCUCCUGAGCUUCAGAAUGUCUGGAGGGGCUUCUGAGAGAACGCCUCGCCAGGCAGCUGGUACCCCGCUGGCCUGGACUGCUCCAGUGACCCCUGUUGUCCCUGGGGGGACAUCAGCGCUCCUAGGCACCCUGGCCCAGAAGCCCAGCCAUGGUCUGAGCCAGAGCAGCACCUGGUGCUUCCCUGGAAGGAUGGCACCCCCGCCCCUCCAGGCCAGCCCAUCACUGGAAGUGGGAUUUGAAACACAGCCAAGGAGAGGAGGCCGUCAGCAACGCCCGGAACGCGAAACAAAUAAAUAAAUAAAUAAUCAGGGUUGUCUUGGCUGAUAAA